AUCGUUUCCUAGAGACUUCCAAUACAGGAAACAGAAAGCUACUUGUGUAACGCGAACCAUAUAAAGCAGAAAGCAGUGAGCGGUGGGCAUUUAUGGGUGUAUGUCGAAGUUCAGCCAGGUGAAGAAAACGGGGGUGAAACAGCUCUAGAAGCUGAGGGCUCAGUAUCGUCCAGCCGCAGCCUGCGCACUGAGAUGGGGAUUGGAACCGACACCAAACCGCUGCCGAGCGAAUCCAGCAAGUUGGCCGUUGACAGGAAGGAGGAAGACGGCGUUGUGGAGAUCAUGAAGCUGGAGGAUGAGGAAGCAACAGGGCAGCAGAGGGAGACCUGGACACGCCGUCUCGAGUUCGUUCUGGCCUCGGUGGGUUACGCCGUGGGUCUCGGUAACGUGUGGAGGUUUCCGUACCUGUGCUACAGGAGCGGCGGAGGUGCCUUUCUCAUCCCCUACAUAAUCAUGCUCUUUCUGUGUGGUAUCCCAUUGCUCUUUAUGGAGUAUGCCAUUGGUCAGUACACUCGCUUGGGACCGGUUCAUGGACUGGCCAAAAUCUGCCCUCUUCUCAAAGGUGUGGGACUAGCUACAGUGGUUAUUUCUUUCGUGCUGGCCACCUACUAUAACGUUCUGAUGACCUGGGCUCUUUACUACUUCUUCAACUCUUUUGGUUCCGCCUUACCGUGGCAGUCCUGCAAUAACACUUGGAAUGUGGUCAGCAACUGCUCCACUGGCUUCCCCGGCAAUGCCACGCACCUGCAGUCGGCUAGUCAGCAGUUCUUUGAUCGGAAGUUGCUGGAGAUGACCAGCGGUAUUGAGGAGGCAGGAGGGGUUCGCUGGGAGCUGUUUGGCCUCCUUGCUUUGGCCUGGCUCAUCAUCUACUUUUGCAUAUUCAAAGGAGUCAAAUCCACAGGAAAGGUUGUCUAUUUCACUGCUACAUUCCCUUACUUCAUGCUGUUUGCAUUGCUGAUCAACAAUGUCCAACUGCCUGGUGCAAAAGAUGGCAUCCUGUACUUUCUCAUGCCCAACUGGAGCAAGCUCCUGGAAGUGCAGGUAUGGGUGAAUGCAGCUGCUCAGAUAUUCAACUCCAUUGGCAUUGCUUUUGGGUCUAUGAUAUCUAUGGCUAGCUACAACAAAUACAACAACAACAUCCUCAGGGACACAUUUCUCGUCUCUCUGGCUAACUCGGCUACUAGUAUCAUAGCUGGGUUUGUGAUCUUCUCUGCCAUUGGCUACAUGGCACAUAUUCAUAACCUGCCUGUGGAUGACAUAGCUACUGAUGGUCCUGGUUUGGUGUUUGUUGUCUAUCCUGAAGCAUUCUCCACCAUGCCUGUAUCCCGGCUGUGGGCUCCUCUUUUCUUCUUCAUGCUGCUCUGCCUCGGCCUGGACAGUGAGUUUGCGAUGGUGGAGGUGGCGGUGACGUGCAUCAUGGAUGGUUUUGGUGUGAAGGUUUUGCGUGUGUUUAAGAGGAAGGAGCUGCUGGUGCUGGCCGUGUGCUCCGUGGGAUUUCUGCUGGGGAUUCCUCACAUCACCAGGGGUGGUAUUUAUGUGUUUCAGCUGAUGGAUCACUACACGGCAGUUGUGUCUCUUAUGUUUCUGGCCUUCUUUGAGGUGCUGGCAGUCACAUUGAUCUUUGGAGUGAAGAGGAUCUGUGUGAUGGUGGAGAACAUGCUGGGAAAGAGGCCAAAUUUGUAUUUUCGUGUCUGCUGGCAGUUCCUCUCUCCAAUACUAGUGGUGGUUAUUCUGAUCUCCAGUAUAAUCCAGUACACUCCUGCACGCUAUGGCAAGUCCUACACAUACCCACUGUGGGCUGAGGUGCUGGGCUGGUUCAUUUCUCUCGUUUCUAUAAUAUGGAUCCCACUGGGGGCAGCACAUGAAAUCUGGAGGAAUAAAGGAUCUUUAUCACAGAGGCUGAAGGUGGCACUGACGCCCACAGUGGAUCUGCAGCCGAUACAUGCCUUACAAGAGAAACAGAGGGUUCACUCAGAGUCCAGCACACUGUUCAGCACUUCUCAGUGAUGUGUGCUGUGGUAUUUCCACUCAGCUCUCAGUGGUUCUGGUAAAAGUGAGAGGACGCAGCAUGCAAAGGUAAGAAUAACUUUUCAUAAAUAAGUCAGAACUACACUUUCUCACACAAUAAAAGCAC